AUGAGUAUUUGCAUCGAUAUGUCGGUAUGUUUCGACUUGGUUGGAACCUCAUUCCAGGCGGUCGGUUUGGUCUACACGCCCGUUUCUGUAUUCCAAAUGCUCAAGGGAAGUAUCAUAGUUUUCUCUGCAGCUCUGUCUGUGAUAUUUCUAAAACGCAAGAUGUACAGAAAUCACUGGGGUGGUGUAAUUAUUUGUGUUAUCGCCCUUAGCCUGGUCGGGUCCUCCUCGAUUUUCUCGAGAGACUCCCAAGCGGUGAGCUUUUCUGCUGGUGAAGUUAUUACCGGUAUUUGCUUUAUCAUUGGCAGCCAAGUUGUGUGUGCUUCCCAAUACGUCGUAGAGGAAUUCCUUUUGAAGGGCGGUGCCGUACCACCCCUCGCUCUA